AUGCGACUUCAUCUUUUAAUCAUUUUCAUAGGGAUCUUCAUCUCAUAUGUCGCCGCCUCCUCCGCGCCGACAUUCUGUAAAUGCACCUGUUUCAAGAACAGCACCUUAAUACAACUCGGUCCUCAAGGCGAUUCAUCCUUUAGCAACCCCGAACACCCGGCGUCACCGCAACUCCAAGAGCGCGCCGCAUCAGCUUCCUGCACCCAAUGUACCCGAGCUUUCUGCCUUUCGCAACAUCUCCCUAUCUGUAAGGAUGCCGAGGAGACCGACGUCAUCACUACCUGCUUCCAGCGCGAUAGCCGCAAGGACCAGAUCAUUGUCUGGGGUUUUAUACUGGGUACCAUUAGCCUGCUGGGUUGGGCUGCUGCUAAAAGAGUUGUUGAGUUCCGUGAAGGAAAGAAAGCUGCCGCUCUAGGAUUGGGAGGCUCCGGUAUAGGGAGUAGAGGUGGGCGAGGAUCCGCUCAGGAUAGGGGUGCAUAUAUGCCUGUUGGCAAUGACGAUACGCAAGGACUAAAUAGGUGA